AUGUCGCUCUCAACACCAUCAGACAUUGGACCCGCCACUGCCUCGGGGUUGUCAACUCAACCACGCCGUGAACCCUCCACACCGACAAGUUACGGGUCGCCUGCGGACAAUCGGCGAAAGCUUUCCAAGGUCAGCCGCGCCUGCGACCCGUGCAAGUCCAAGAAAAUUCGCUGUUCGGGGACAUUGCCGUGCAACACCUGCUCCCGACGAAGGCUUUCCUGCACAUAUGCAACUCGAUACUCCCGCGGCCGACCACCCACCCCACCAGCUCUGAACAGCGAGAUACCGGGAAAUCCAGCAGAUUCGACAUCUCCCGGCCAAGGGCGGAUAGGGACACGCCCGCCCGAGGAGAACAGAGAAGAGGAGGAGGGUCGCGCAACUUCGGAGCUGGUAAUCGAGGGUCAGUACUUUGAUCUGACGUCUGGCCUCACUUUUCUGCACAGGGCAUGGAGCAAACUUUCCGCGCAGAGAGGCCAACUGAUGUCACACGGCUCAAAUGAAGGCGCGAGGGAUCAGCCGCUGGCGUCCGCGGGCGACCGACCGUUCUAUCUUGACCGUCCCGGAGUCGAAGCGCUUCCGGACGAUGCGACUGCCCGAGGAUUACUGUCGCUUUACUUUGGCAGUUGCGUGGUUACAUAUCGCAUGCUUCAUCGGCAGCGAGUCGAAGGAUGGCUUCAUCUUGUGCUCGAAGAUAGGGCGCACGGCCAUCCUCUGGCUACAUCGCUCGGAAACGCUGGCACGUCAAUCAUUCUAACCAUCCUAGCCAUUGCAACGUUUCGCAAGUACAAGCUUCAGAGUACUCUUUCCAACGAUCUUCAACUAGCAGGUCUGCAUGACAGCGAUCCACUUUUCCACGCUGCCACAGGCCUCACCGAGUCUGAAACAGGGUACCCGAGAGUCGAGUCUGUGCAGGCUCGGUUGAUCCAGGUUCUCUAUUUGCUGCAGACUGGACGCAUGAGCAAGGCCUGGUAUACAUUUGGCAACGCGUGUCAGAUCAUCUCCUCGUUGGGUCUCCACCGCAAGCAGUUCCGACAGCAAAAUGCAUUCGGAGAACAGUCCGACUAUAUUACCCAGCAAUGUGCGAAACGUGUAUUUUGGACUGCUUACACAAUUGACAAGUAUCUGAGUGUGGUAUUCGGUCGACCGAGGCUCCUCCAUGACGUCGAAAUUGACCAGGAGUUUCCUGAUACGGUCAACGAUGAGGACAUGGGGCCGGACGGUCCGCUGUUGUCUGACGGGAGCGACGAGUGUCAUAUUACGUCUCUAAUCUGCCAUGCCAAGAUUGCUCGGAUAAUCGGACGGAUAUCUCACGAAGUGUACCAUCUGGGAGAUGGACGACAGGCCGAUCGCGCAGCCGCCGCUGACGCGCUGAUCCAUGAGCUAAAGGCAUGGCAUGCAGCCCUGCCUCCACAUCUUGGGAUGGUUAAACUGUCGACCUUGGUUGCGAGCUACCGACGAGAGGCGACGGCCAUCACCCUUGCAUAUUGCCAUGCACUCAUCCAUGCCACCCGCCCAUUCUUGCUUGGCGACGUGAACAGUCUUAGCGAUGACCCAGCAAUGCAGACUAGAAUCAACGAGUGCCUUUCUGCAGCGCGAAAAGCACUCGAGAUAAUUGAACGAAUCGUCGGCGACCGCGAGCUGUCCCAUUCGUUCUGGUGGACACAGUAUGUCUUGUUCUGCGCCCUCGCCGUAAUCUAUGUAUGGGAAAUCCAGCAUAAGGCCCUCCGGGACCCCAUGCCGAAUUUCGACUCCCACGAGACCUUGUUUGCGCUGGCGGAAAAGUGUCGCUUUCAUCUCCAGGGCGCUGGUUCUGCUGCGCCUCCCAAUCACCGAUAUGGACUGAUACUUGAUGAACUGCGAUUAGAAGCUCAGCGACAAACGGUGCUGAAUGGCAACUCUCGCGCAAUGUCUGGAACGGGACAGAGCGCAGAGCCUGGCAUUGAUGAUACACUUAGUUUAUGGGCUGAUCAUCCCAUGGCGGAUCAAACCGCCGAGCUGGACAUGUCCACCAAUUCUAUCUUUUUCUCGGGCGCCAGCAUGCUCCAGACUUGGCAGUCGACGGACUGGUUGGACCUAGAUUCCUCGGCGUUCGAUCCUGUAUUGAGCAUAUUGGAUAUUCCCCCUUAG